AUGGAGGUGGAUGAAAUUGAACGACAGGUGAGUAAGUUUCAAAGGAUUGGUUCUAAUGGAGAUAAUUCUUCAAACCCUCAUAAAAUAGCAACUCUGAGAGGGAAUUUGGAUUUACGAAACCAUGAGCAUCGGUUUCCCGAUGAGAAUGGUGGCGUUGGCGGGAGGCUUUGUGGAUGGCCGGCGUCUCGAAUCGUUAGGGUUUCUAGGGCUUCGGGUGGGAAGGAUAGACAUAGCAAGGUUUUGACAUCGAAAGGGUUGAGAGACCGCCGUGUACGGCUGUCGGUAACGACAGCCAUCCAGUUUUACGAUCUGCAAGACCGAUUAGGUUAUGAUCAGCCGAGUAAAGCGGUGGAGUGGUUGAUUAAGGCGGCGUCGGGUUCUAUCGCUGAGCUUCCAUCUCUUGAUCCGUCGUUUACCGGUGCCGACAGCCAUAACCAGCACCACCACCACGACCAUAACAACCAGCACCAGAAGCAGCUGAGCGAUGCGAAGAAAUCCACCGGACACGACGCCGAAUUUGAAGAUCCGAACUACCAAAAUCACCACGAGCAGAAUAACAAUAAUAAUAAUAAUGUUUCGUUAUCGAAAUCGUCGGCUUGCAGUAGCACAUCGGAGACCAGUAAAGGUUCUGGACUUUCCUUAUCGCGAUCUGAAAAUCGGAUCAGAGCUCGAGAACGAGCUCGAGAAAUGGCGGCGAAGAAGGAAAAGGAAAAGGACACUGAUCACGUUAGGGCUUCUGUUGCGACUCAAGUUAACGGUAUCGCUCAUAACUCAUCCUUUACGGAUCUUCUCACCGGCGGGAUUAACAGCAACACCGUUACUCCGAACCCAGCGGCGACUCCCGAAUCCAGAAUGCAGUGGACAACCCCAAUGGAUUACUUCUUCAACCGUCCACCACAGUCUUCACCCCAAAUUUUCCAAAUGCCACAGUUCAACAUCGCCGCCGUAGAUAACCACCCGCAGCAGCACCAUUUCUCUUUCCUUCAAGAGAAUUUUGCACCGGUUGUGACGACUAGUGGCGGCGACGGUGGCGGAGAAAGCUAUAACUUAAAUUUCUCCAUUGCAUCAUCGUCUUCCGGCGGCGGUAUUGCUCCGGGUUUCAAUAGGGGGACCCUUCAGUCCAAUUUAUUAUCUAUUUUGCCUCAUCACCACCACCACCUCCAGAGGUUUCAGUCGCCAUCUAUGGUGGAUGGAUCCACUUCUACAAACUUCCCGUUCUUCAUAGCUCCGACCAUCGGCUCCGGAGCUCCAGAACAUUUCCCGGCAAUAGGGAAAAGUCAAAGAACUAAGUCUUCUCCAUCUCUGAAGAGAAGAGGGAGUAUGAUCGGUAUGGCAUGA